UUGGUCACAACAGUGCGGUGUGUGGGAAGAGUGUUAGACCCACCGACAGCAAGGAGAGUGACCAUGAGCAGCCUGUGGGGCUGUCUGCUAACUGCAGCUUGUUUUCUGCUAUCUGCGCCUCUGAACGCGAGUCAUCUCACCUGCAGAAAGGGUCACAGUGGCCCUACCUACGAGUCCUUACAGACUGUGUUUGACAGGAAGCCUUUCCGUCCUGCAGUGAACCUCAGUAACCCCACCAUCACCAACAUAUCCUUCACUCUGUACGCUGUGCUGGGCGUGAAUGAGAAGCAACAGAUUCUCACCACCUUCCUCUGGCUUAGACUGUACUGGCAUCACGAGUUUCUAGUGUGGGACCCAGAGGAGUGCGAUGGAGUCAGCAAGAUUUCACUUCCUGUCACAGAUCUCUGGACACCUGACAUCAUUGUUUAUGAGUUCGUGGAUGAUGACGUGUCUCAGAACUGCCCGUACGUCUACGUUAAUCACACCGGCCACAUCCGCUAUGACAGGAUGUUACGAAUCGUCAGCGCAUGCAAUCUGGAGAUCUAUACCUUUCCCUUCGACAUCCAGAACUGUUCGCUCACCUUCGGAUCCUACAUGCACACCAUCAAGGACGUCCGUGUCACUCCGGCCCUGUCCUUUGAGGAAAUCUCUGGGAAUUCCAAGCGUUACCUGGAGGCCAGUGGGGAAUGGGAGCUGGUGAUCAUCGAAGGCAAUGCGGGAAUCCUGCAGUUUGGGAUUGAUGAGUGGGACAUCAUCACUUUUUGGGUGGUGAUAAAGAGGCGGCCUAUCCUGUAUGUGGUGAAUCUGCUGAUCCCAAGCUCCUUCCUGAUGAUCAUUGACAUCCUGUCCUUCUACCUGCCUCCUCACAGCGUUGACCGCGCCUCCUUCAAGAUGACCCUCAUCCUGGGCUACACCGUCUUCCUCCUCAUCAUGAACGACCUGCUGCCCAGCACAGCUAAUGGCACACCCAUCAUUGGAAUCUAUUUCUCAGUAUGUCUGGCUCUCAUGGUGAUCAGCCUACUGGAGACCGUCAUCAUCACCAACGUGCUCCACCACAACUCCAUGAAGUACCGCCCGGUGCCAAGGUGGGUACAGGUGCUGGUUUUGGGGUACAUCGGCCGUCUCAUCUGCUACACCAAACCUGAGGAUGAAGCACGAGCCACCCCGAAAUCUGAGAGCACAGGGCCCUGGGUCUCCCAACCUUGCACACCAGCACAGACCCCAGCCAUUAAUGGCCACGUGUCCUCCCUGGGAGCAGGAUUGGCUGCCCCUCUUCCCUCUGCCAUUCCGGAGCUGAAGCAGAUCUGCCAGGACCUCAGUCUGAUGCGCAGCCAUCUUACGUCCCUGCAGAAGGAGACAGAGAGACAGGACGAGUGGUGUCACGUGGGCUACAUCAUGGACUUCCUGCUCUUCCGCAUUUAUCUGCUGCUAAUCUCACUGUACGCCAUGGUAAUCAUCUGCAUGUGGUGCAUCUGGUUCAACCAGUGAUGACCAACAUCAAGCUGAGACAACAGACCAGCAUAGCAGAGAAAUACUUUAUUGGAAAUACUUCAUACCUUUAGACACCAGUAAUAAUCCUGCAAUUAGUGAUUCUGUAAAAUUAUUAAUUCAUGUGACUGUACAUUUUGGUUAGUAACAUGGUUGGUUGAAAAUGCUUGAGUGUUUUCACAUUUACCAGCAUCAAAAUAAACUGAUAUUUCCCACAGAUCUGGAGAAGUGG